GCGGCCUUUUCAGCUUUGCAGGUGGGUUGGAGUUUCUGCUGGGAAGCAUCACAAGAAGAGAGCGCUUCUUUGAAGAAUCGUGAAGUCAGUGGCCCCAGCAAAAGAGAGGCACAAGUCCAGGUUGCAUGAAGAAUUAAAGAUGGCAAAAGAUGAUGAUUGUGUACACAUCUUGCAGGGUCUGUUAGUCUUUGGGAAUGUGGUUAUUGGGAUGUGCGGCAUUGCUCUGACAGCAGAGUGUAUCUACUUUGUGUCUAACCCCCAUGAUCUCUACCCUCUGCUGAAAGCCACAGAAAACAGUGACAUCGACGCUGCUGCCUGGAUUGGCAUCUUUGUUGGCCUUGCACUCUUUGCCCUGUCUAUCCUUGGUAUCAUUGGAAUUAUUAAGGCCAGUAGGACCUUGUUGCUGGUGUACAUCAUUCUGAUGCUGAUCACUUUUGCAUUUGAAAUGGCUUCUUGCAUCACAGCAGCAACUCACCAAGACUCUCUCACUCCAGAGCUCUUUCUGAAGCAAAUGCUGGAGAGAUAUCAGAAGUCAGAGCCAGCCAAUAACAGUGACAACGAGAUCACAAAGACAUGGGAUGAGCUCAUGCUUCAGAACCACUGCUGUGGGGUGCUGGGCCCGUCCGACUGGCAGAAGUACACGUCUGUCUUCCGCCGCACGCAUAGUGACGCUGACUACCCCUGGCCACGGAUGUGCUGCGUCCUGGAUGCACAAAGGCUUCCCAUCAGCCUCGAUGGCUGCAAACUUGGAGUGCCUGGCUACUAUAACAGCAAUGGUUGUUAUGAUGCUAUUUCUGGGCCAGUGAACACACAUGCCUGGGGUGUUGCCUGGUUUGGCUUUGCCAUCCUCUGCUGGACUUCCUGCGUCCUCCUUGGCACCAUGUUCUACUGGCAUAGAAUUGAAUACUGAAGGCCUGGUGUCCUCAGUGCUGUCCUGAAGAGACGUGUGAAGCUGCAUUUGUUUGUCUCCCGCUCCAUUCUCCUUGGGCCAUGGAGGAUUUGAAGUUUUCCCACUACCUCUCCCAUAUAUACUUUUGCCCCUCCAAAAACUUGACACAAAGAACUGAUGACUGCAGGAAAGAAUCUUCUUGUCCCUGCUUUGCCCCUUUUCUGCAGCCUUAAUGCCUCCUGACUGAGGCACAAUUCUUCUUUUACUGUGCAAGAAAUCAUGGAGCAUAAGAUGAGAAAAAAGUGAUCUGAUUUGUUCUCUGAUGACAUCAGAAAAGAAAAUGUCCAUAUACACUUGCUCCAGAAAAAUGUCUCUCUAAAAUCAAUUUGAAUUACUCCAGCAAGGGCUAUGUGAGCAAAAUUGUAACCUCUUGUGACCAAUAAGGAUGGAUGUUGCAAGGGAGAAGACUGCAGACCUAUAUAUUAUAUUUUACUGUUCAACUUCUCUUGCUGGUCACUGUCACCCUGGCCUUAGAAUAAGGCAGAGUCUCUGAGUAUUUAAGUGUGUCAGCAAUAAAAGCAUGUCGCAUGAUAAAAAUUCUGUUGCUAGUCAAGCCCAAAAAAAGGCUAGCUUACUCCUCAGCAAUUUGCUGCCUAUAUGCUAGCCUACCUCCUGUCACUGUUGAAAUUACUGCAUGUGAUCCUACCUUCAGAAGUGUACCACUCCAGGAAAAGCUCCACUUGCUAACAAGCAGCUCCUUCAAAAAAGCUGUUACGUACUUCACACAAGAUUUCAUACUUCUACAGGCUAGAAUUUGUGCAGAAUACAAGGGGUUCUGUGCUGUAGUUGUCUUUGCAAACAUGGCUCCUGGUUUAUUGUACUUCUUGCUUCAGCUGUCUGUGUGUAAAUGGUCUCUGUGCCAUUUCCCUUCUACAUCCCUGGAUCAAGUAUGACAAAAGGCAAAAAAUGGCCAUGAGUAACUCUUGUGAAAACAAACACAAGGAAGGAGCUAACUGAACCAAACUCAGUCCUUGCAUCAGCGCUUGCAGUUUUCACUCUGUUCAGUAAAGGCUGUUUACUUUGGUCCAGACUGAGCUGGUGUCUUUCCUAGUGAAUGCUUCAGUAGUUAAAUGUAUUGUGAGAAAUGUGCUUCUAAAGCACAGAGUGUUUCCUAGAGCAACAUAGAGUGUUUUGAGGUGAAGCCUCUCCCAAAAAUGUACUGGUUCAGGUCCUGAUGCUUGCCAUCUGCUUUGAUUCUUUGUUUUUGUAUAUUCACCAAAAUACUAAUUAAAAAGAAGUGGAAGUG